GGUGUUCCGAUCGACUGACCAUGCUUGCAUCUAUAUUUAGCACGGAUCACAUGAUCACAACAAAGUCCCGGUGUAAUAUACAGGAUGUGUACAUAGCUUACAUCAUACAUGCUGUGUUAAUUGUUAGCUGGUAAAAUACACAAAGAUGUCUCGGGAGGAAUUAGUGUGGGACCACACAGGGGAGGACUUGGACGACCCCCUGAUCGGCAGUUACGAGGACGAGGAGGCUGCAUCUAGAUCCUACAGAACAGGAAAGCCUCUGCAGCUGUCACAGUAUGAAGCCCUGAAACUGGCCGACCAGCUGGAGGAGACGAGUGCGUUACUGCGGAGGUACCUCGGUGACCUGGAGUUAAAUAACACCCAGAAUGAUACUACAACACCAGAAAGAACUCAGUCAGGAGUUUUGUUCUCCCUCAAAAGAAAAUGUGAUCAUAUAUUGGAUAAAGUAACAGCUAGUAUUAAAGUCAUCAUUUUAACAUUAGCCCUCCAGGGGAUCAAUCUAAUCAUACAGACACUGAUAGACAUAUGGCCACAGAAAGAUGACUACACAGAGCUUGUUGUGAGUUGUUUGACCAUGAUAUUGCUACAAGUUUUGAAUCUGAUUUUACUUCUUAUUAGUUCAGUGAAGUUGGUGAGGCAGUUGUUUCUACAUGAGGUCAGUGCCUUGCUCCUGGCACAGUCCUAUGUGGCAGCCAUCUUGGUUUUUGCUGGGAUCUACACACUCACUAAAAGACUAGCUCCAGACUCCUGGAAAGAUGUCCACGAGGAUGUAUCAAAAGACCCUGCCCUGAUUAUUGUGAUGUAUUGUCAGUUUCUGUAUUUCUCAGUCUCUACAUCCACACUCUGUGGUACUGCAGAUGUGACACCCCACAUGUGGUACAACUAUCUUUGUGUGUCCAUACAGAUGUUGCUGAGUUUUAUGUACUUUGCCUCUAUACUGGGUCAGGUCAUGGCCCCAAUUACUGCCCCUUCCUCCAUCCGACAAACUCUCCAAAGAAACAGACUACAGAGUCAGAUUUUCAUAAACAGCAGACGAUCAAGCAUAGUACAGGAAAACAUUGUCAAUACAGGAAGCUCUGGGUCCUGAUACUUGAUGACACAGGGUGUGGAACAUUACAAAAACAAACAUGAACUUGGAUGAUGAGAUGAAAUUUAGUCACAAUGAUCGAUUUUCCACAUAUUUCUUGGAAAAUUAUAUGAGUUGCUGCUUGAUUGUCCAAAUGCCUUAAAUCUUCAUCUGUCAUCAUCAGUUGUGCUUACAUGUUUAACAUUUAUGAUGUUUUCUCCUUGAGCAGGGACAAGGUGAUGAACAAAAUCUUUAGAAAUCAAUUCUUAAACUGUGAUACAAAAAAAUGUUGUCUUAAUGCAAACUAGCAAUACUAUUUUAGUGUUGAUCAAUCUGUAUGAUCCCUUGCACAAAGACAAGCCCUUUUAAAAGGGUCAAAUAUUUACCGGAAAUAAAUAGGUUUAUUUCCAGGAUAACAAGUAUUAUUUGUAAGCAUAUUUUAAAAAUGUAGAUUCAAGAUUACUUAAUGCAUGGCCCUUUGUACAAAGAACGGACAAAAAGGGCCAAAAUUUUACAUAGAUGUAUAGAACUGUGUUAAUAUCAACUCAAACACUGCAUUUUCAUCUGGAGGCUCUUCAUUUACUAGUGCAUUUGAAAAAAGAUGACAAAAACUCAACUUCAAUGUAACACAUGUUUAUGCCAGCAAUUUCUUCGGCAGUGUAUAUUGUAUUGUAAUAUAAAUUAUAUUAUAUGGAUAUGCGAGUAAAGUGGUUUAAUUAUUUACAUAGGCAUUGGAGGGGGGGUGGCUAGGGGG